UUCAGAAGCGGCCAGAUCGAUUUAUGAAGCAUUAGUAGAUGAUAAAGAAGAUGAAAGAGAUGAAAAUACCAAAUUAGAAGGAGAAGAAGCCUUGGAAGAAUUAUUAAAAUUACAACAAAAACAAUUAGAAGAAAAACAACAACGAGAUAUCGAAAAGGUUUCAGGAACAAUUGAAAAAGAAAAAGAAACGUGCGAUUCAUGAGUUAGGCAAAAAACAUGAAUCGUUUUAUAAAUCUUAUGAAGAAACUACAAUGGUAGAAGAUGAUGAUGUCUCUUUUCUUCAAAACCAAGAAGCAGAUGAACAAGGAUCAGAAAAUGAAGGUGAAGAUGAGGAAGAUGAGGAAAUGAGAAUUGAAAGAAAAUCUGUGGUGAUCAAAUCUGAGAUUCAGGGUCGAGAUCCUGGGUUAUCAGCUAUUGAAAGAUAUAGAAAACAGGAGGAAGAAGAAGAAGAAAUUGAAGAAGAAGAGAUAGAGAUUAAAGAAGAAUAUAGAUUUGAAAAAGAUAGUAGUCCGAUUGAAUUGAUGAAUAUCAAUAUGAGAAUCAACGAUCCACUUUCAAAAACUCGAAUGAUAAAUCCUUUAGAAUUUAAACAUUCGGAUUUAGAUGGAUAUUAUAAUACGAAACAGAUUAAUAAAUUAUCAGAAAGACAAAUGGGAUUAAAAGUUGAUAUGGGACGUGAAGAUAGAAAAACGAUUGGACCAUCUAAAUCUAGUUCGAUUACUUAUCAACAACAAAUUGGAAAGAAAUUAAAUAAACAAAAGACUAUUGAAGAAAAAGAAAAAGAAAAUCAAAUGGAGAGUAAUGAGAAUGGUAAAAGUAAAAGUAAAGAAGAAAAAAUCGGUGAAGCUGGAGCAUUGGGUUUGGCUAAAUUGAAAAAUAAAAAAAUCGUUGGAAAAUCUUGAUUUAUAUUAGGUUUCUUUUCUCUUUGGGAAUAUUUUAUUCGGUUUUUUUGUUUUUGUUUUUGUUUAUAUAGGAAAAGCUUUUUUUUGAUAAUUUAUAAGAAUAAAAUGUUGUGUGUGUGUAUUACAUUUUGUAAUUGAUUUUGAGGUUUACUUUGUCGUCUUUUGAUUGGAUUUAUUUUGGAUUUAUUUUAGAAGUAGAUAGUAAAGUGGAUAAGUAAUAUUGUUAAGUUGGUUGCUGUGCGUU